GGCGGGCGUGUAGGCGGGGAGAACGACCAGGAGGAUGAAGGGCCGGAGCAAUCGGGUCAACGUCGACGGCAGCAUAGCGGACCUUCGGGGCUUCGGUCCACGGCGACCAACGAUGUUAUGAGCGGGGGUGCUUCGAGUUCUCGGCACAGGAGGGCGCAGCGACGGGUGCAACGACGGCAGCAGCAGCAGAGCGAGGGUAGUGACGGAUGGUGCGCCACAUCGGGCGAAGAGAGCCUGCAGGAGUCGUUAGGGCAAGAGGAAGAGGAUGGAGAGGAGGAGACAAGUUCGUCGGAAGAGGAGGAAGAGGACGACAGCAGCGGUAGCGAAGUCGAAAGCAGGCCACGGGGACCUUCCGCAAGAGCUCCGAGAAGGAGGAGCGAGAGAAGAGCUGGGAGGGAGGAACCCACGUCGACGAGGAGGGGGAGAGCAAGCUCAGCAGCCGCCGCGGCAACGGCGACGACGGCUCCGCCGGCAAGGCCACCUCGAGUGGAAUGCUCGCGGCCGCCACCGGUGGCCGCGUCUUCCUCGCACGGGAACGCCGCGUCCUCCGCCACAAGCGACAACGCCAACAGGAGGUUCGGCUUGAGUGCCGCCUUAGGGGAAGGCAGCCUCGGAGCAGGUUCGUUGUCAUCGGCGAACAUAACGGCGGCUGGGCGCAGGUCCUUGGCAGCGGCGGCGGCGGCGUCCCCGCCGUGGUUGACCCGCCGUAGGUUCAACAGCGCCUCCGGCGCCGGCGAGGAGCGCCGGGCGUUGUUGCGUCCUCCUCCUGCUCCUCCGUUGCAACGACGACCAUAUUCUCCGUUUGAGGAGGAGGUAUUGGCAUUGUCGUCAUCCCGUGGUCCGCAGCCGGGCGGCGGCGGCGGCGGCGGCGGUGGCGGCGGCGGUAGUCUUGCGAAUGCGGCGUCUCGUUUGACCGGCACGAGCCGGCGGCGGGGAGGGCUUCGUAGCCCCGACGCCGACAGCGCCGCCGCUCCCGCUUCCGCUGGUGUUGUUACGGGUGCUACUGCGGGCCUGGUCGUGGAGGGACGGCGGGAGGGGGAGGAGGAAGAGGAGGAAAUCGGGAGAGGAGAAGAGGGUGAGGGCUCGCGAAAGAGAGCGAAGGUGAGGACGGCGCGUGGUGGUAACGACGACGACGACAUGGCGGAUGAUAUUUGGAUGGAGUCACCAGAAUCGUUGUCGGCCUGUCCUAGGCGCGGGCAACGCUGCAUGACUCGGAGGGGCGGGGGGGCUGGUGGUAGCGGAGAGGUUGCACGGAGCGGCGGCAGGCGGGUUGUCCGCCCGCUGCGUCUCUCGCCCCCAUCGUUGGCCCCUAACACUCGAGAGUUGGAGGAGGAGGAAGAGGAGGAGGAGGAGGAGGCUAAAUUUGAUUGGAGCGCUGAGACCGCGCCGUUGUCGGCGUCGGAUGGAAAGCCGGAGGAAAUUAAACGUAGCGAGCGGGGCGGGCACGGAGGGAAAGGGGAGGAGGAUCGCGGUGACGACGACGAUGACGACGAAGAAGAAGAAGAAGAGGAAGAGGUGGAGUUCGACUGGCGUGUCGGGAGCAGCCAAUCAUCGCGGGGGUUAGGGUCGGCGGCGGCGGCAACGGCAACCAACAAGAAGUGCCAGCGGCGUGAGGGGAGCGGCAUCGAACAGGACAGAGCAGCAGACCAAGAAGGAGAGGAGCUUGAUCUCAACGGGCUGGGGACUCACCCGGGAGGCCGGCACUACGACGAUCCGGAGCCGUUGUCGCAGCGGCGUCGGCGGCGGGAUCAGCAGCAGCAGCAGCGGAGGCUGGGGGGCAACAAGGAGAAUGAGACACCGUCCAAGAUGGCGAACGAAGGAGCAGCAGGCGAUGGGCGAGGGCAUAGCCGCCGAAGCUUGUCGCGCUCUGUGCCGCCGCCGUCGCCGUCGUCAUCCGCAGCAGCGGCGGGCUUCUUGGACCAAUUUCGGUACACGGCUGGUGCUUGACGUUGGUCGAGGCUAAAUUAACGGUGGGGUCCGCUCAAUUUAUCUCCGCCCGCUCCGUAGUGUUUCAGCGUGUGUACCAUAUAGCAGCUCACGACGCGUCGCUGCCCACGUGCUGAUUAGAUUAUCCACGUGGUUGCGGGCCCCAGGCUCCAAUCCAUGUAUUUGUGGCAUCCUCAGACACGAGACAAUAUUUCAGACAAGAGUCAAUCGUAACGAGGGCCGCGUUCAUGGUGUUGCUGAGCGUAUGUAAGAGAGCUAGAAUAAUUCGUGAUGUGGGGACGGGGGGUGGGGUGGGGGGGGAAGUGAUCAAUUUUUGCUUCCUUAGAGAGCAAAGGCAUCACCGUGCCCGGGUUGUAAGGGUGACAGUGCGGUCGGUUUUUCCAAAAUUCAUACGGCGGAGUGCGCUUGUUUGCGUUGUGCUCCGCUACCAUGUUGAAGACAAGGUCUUGUUGGUGACAUGUAAGUGGUAAGUGUUCUCGGGCGGUAGCAAGACGGCCACAGGAUGGCUUGGUGUUGCUUCGUGCGGUCUUGGAGGAGGGAGGGCGGAUUGUCUUUUGACCCGGGCUUCGUUCGAGUGUAGGCCAAGAAGAUCAGACGAUCGCUUGUUGGGACACGAGGGGUUUGAAAAACCGAGCGUUCGCUAUUGAAAUGAGAGAAAAAGUAAAACCGCAGCAUAUGGACAAACUAGCAGCCGUUAUGGUGGUCAAGGGAGGGGUGUUAGUGUCUUGGCUGAGUAGGUUCAAUGACCCAC